ACUACACCUAUACCGCCUAUUAAUAGGUCAUCAUCAUUUACAACUACACCUAUAACACCUAUUACGCCCAUCAUUUCACCAUCAAUUGUUACAGAUUCAUCAGUAGAUUAUUUAAAUUAUCAAAGGCAACAACAAAGAUUACGAGAACAAGCAAGAAAUGAUGAGAUUCCAUUACAUUUAAGAGAAGAUUAUAAAGAUUACAAUAUUCAAAUAGAUGAUCAAACACAAUAUGAACCUUCAAAUUCGGAAGGAGAAGAAGUACCAUUAAAACAAGAUACUGAUGCACAAAUUCAUAUAGAAGUAUCAUAUAAAGGAAAUAUGAAAAUGGUUAUUUGUACAGAAUUAUAUAUGAAUUAUCCUAGUUUAAUGUUUAUGAGUUUACCCGUUAGGUUGACUAUAACUGGAUUUGAAUUUUCUGCUACAGCAGUUGUCGCGUAUCUACGAAAUCGAGUUAAUUUUUGUUUUUUGGAACCAAAGAAUCCCGAAGAAAGUCAUUUAAAAGAAGUUUAUAUCGAAUCUGAAAUAGGGGAUAAAGAAAAACAAGUUUUGAAGAAUGUUGGAAAAUUAGAAAAAUUUAUUAUUGAUCAAUUAAGAAAAAUAAUUGAUGAAGAUUUUGUAUUUCCAAGUUAUCAUUCCAUUGAACUAUGAUGAUGAUGUAAAUUAUGUAUUAUCAAAAAAUUAUUAAA